AAGGAAUUCCAGAUCGGGCUUGUAACCGCCAUUGUCAGACUUCCGCUGCCACCCUAGGAGUUCUCAAAGCCCUAUGCAUACCAACUUCCAGCGAAAUUACCUCCUUCGAAUCGAUGGCUGCAUAGCGACCGGUCUAUCGACAUGUCGGCCCAGAUUGUCCCAAACGGCAACCGUAGGCGGCCUGACCUGCAUCUCAUUAACGACGAGGACUCCGUGUUUGAACAGGACAUCUUGCGGAACCCUGGGAGUGUUGAACCAUGGUUAGCCUACAUCCAAUUCAAAGUUCAGCAUGGCACAACACAGGGGCAGGCCUUUGUCCUGGAGCGGGCCUGUUCGCAACUACCGAGGUCCUAUAAGCUGUGGAAGAUGUAUCUUGAAUAUCGCAUCAAGCACGUCUCACAUCUAAAUGCGGCGCUCUACGCCAAUGAGUACCGAAAAGCGAAUGCCCUCUUCGAACGGGCGCUUAUAUUAUUGAAUAAGAUGCCACGGAUAUGGGAGCUCUAUCUUCACUUUCUGCUUCGACAACCUUUCGUCACGAGAACUCGGCGGACCUUCGACCGAGCCCUACGCGCGCUGCCUGUUACCCAGCACAGACGCAUAUGGGUGCUGUACCGGCCCUUCGCUGAUUCCGUUGCAGGCAUUACGGCUGUGAAAAUAUGGCGACGUUACAUGCAGCUUCGUCCUGAAGAUGCGGAAGAUUUUAUUGAGCUCCUUACGCAAGCGGGCCUGUACACUGAUGCGAUUAAAGCCUCGAUGGGUGCUCUCAACAACACUCGCUUCAUAAGCAAGCAUGGCAGAGGCCAGUUCGAGCUAUGGAGUGAAAUGGUGAACUUGAUGAUUGACCAUGCCGCUGAUAUUGGACCGAGCCACGAAACCGGCAUUGACGUUGAACGUAUCAUUAGGAGCGGCAUCUCCAGGUUCACCGACCAGAGGGGAAAACUUUGGACGGGCCUGGCGACUUACUGGAUCAGACGGGGAUGCUUUGAGCGAGGGAGGGAUGUUUUCGAAGAGGGGCUCGUAUCUGUGAUGACGGUACGAGAUUUUACGCUCGUUUUCGACUCGUACGUCGAGUUUGAGGAAUCCGUGAUAUGUGGACUCAUGGAGACUGCGUCGGCUCGCACGCAGAAGGGCAUCAUUGACGACGAUGCCGAUUUCGAGCUCGAUAUCCGCAUGAUGCGGUUUGAACAGCUCAUGGACAGGAGACCCUUCCUCCUGAACGAUAUCCUCCUGCGCCAGAACCCCAACAAUGUAUUGGAGUGGGAAAAACGAGCUGCGUUGUGGGGUUCAAACAAGUCGGAGGUUGUCGGGACCUACACAGCGGCCAUUGCAGCGAUACAGCCGAAAAAGGCUGUAGGUCCGGUCUACCAACUCUGGGCCAACUACGCCAAGUUCUAUGAACGAGGCGGCGACUUGCGCGAUGCCCGAAUUAUCAUGGAGAAAGCUGUGAAAGUUCCCUUCAAAUCGGUCACUGAACUUGCGGAUAUGUGGAUCGAAUGGGCCGAGAUGGAGCUACGGAAUCAGAAUUUCGACGAUGCUGUCCGGGUCCUUGCCAAGGCCAUCCAAGCCCCCAAAAGGUCAACCGUGGACUACUUCGACGAGACACUGUCCCCACAGCUGCGCGUCCAUAAGAGCUGGAAGCUCUGGAGUUUCUACGUUGACCUUGUGGAGAGCGUCUGCUCACUGGAAGAGACCAAAAAGGUGUACGAGAGGAUAUUCGAGUUGCGCAUUGCAACUCCGCAGACAGUGGUCAACUACGCCAACCUGCUGGAGGAGCACCACUACUACGAGGAGUCCUUCAAGAUCUACGAGCGGGGCCUAGAUCUUUUCAGCUAUCCAGUCGCCUUUGAAUUAUGGAACCUAUACCUAACCAAAGCUGUUGAUCGCAAGAUCAGCAUCGAAAGACUUCGAGACUUGUUUGAGCAGGCAGUGGAGGACUGUCCCCCAAAGUUCGCCAAGGUCAUCUACCUGAUGUACGGCAACCUCGAAGAGGAACGUGGUUUAGCAAGGCAUGCUAUGCGAAUCUACGAGCGGGCUACUCGGGCCGUUGCGGACGAGGAUCGUGCCGACAUGUUCAACUUCUAUAUCACCAAAUCUGCGUCUAAUUUCGGCCUUCCUUCCACGCGCCCCAUCUAUGAGAGGGCCAUCUCCGCUUUGCCCGAUAACGAAGCACGAGACAUGUGUCUCAAAUUCGCCGAGAUGGAGAAACGGCUGGGAGAGAUUGACCGCGCCAGAGCGAUCUAUGGCCAUGCAUCUCAGUUUUGCGAUCCUCGGACUACUCCUGAUUUCUGGACGAAGUGGGAGUCAUUCGAGGUUCAACACGGCAACGAAGACACAUUCAAAGAAAUGCUCCGUAUCAAACGCAGCGUCCAGGCACAGUAUAACACGGAUGUUAACUUCAUCGCAUCACAGGCGUUGGCCCGUAGUUCACGACGCCCAGAGGAUGCUACUAAGUUUGAAGGGCAAGAUAGCAUGGAAGCACUGGAGCGGCAAGCAAGGGCACCAGCUGGGUUCGUUGCUGCCAGUGACGGUCCCAGCAUGACCGGGACGUCGCAGGCUAUCCCGUCAAACCCUGACACGAUCGACAUCGACGAUGCUGAUGUCGAUGAGUGAGAAGCAAUGGUUUACUAUUCAGUGAUUGCGUGUAUCUUAGUCGCAGAUAUCUUAACACAGUCAAUAUAAU